AUCAGGCAGCUGAAUGAAGACUCAGUGGAGGUUAGCAGGGACCCGCCGGAUGUGAAGCCAGGGGUGAUGUAGAGUAGCACAGCCACAACCUAGUGCCAUCAUUGUGUUGAUUAGUGCAGACUUAUUCUGAGCAGUAGGUGUGGGCAGCACGAUACAAUACGGGCCACGGGCGAAGGUGAAGCAGAUUUGGUUCAUCAUCUAUCGCGUCUGAAAAUGACACCGAGAGCAGAGGACAAGGCGGAGGGACGCGCCGGGCGCUAGACCUGGAUGUAGCCUUCAGUCCACGGCGCGAGGAGCAGACCCCGGGACAGGAGGGUGCCGGUGAAGGGGGCUCUGCCCCACGUUUCACACAGGAAUGGGCUGCGCUCCCAGUAUCCACGUCUCUCAGAGCGGGGUGAUCUACUGUCGAGACUCGGAUGAAUCCAACUCUCCCCACCAGACCACGACCAUCUCCCAGGGCACUGCCGCCACGCUGCACGGGCUCUUCAUCAAAACAGAUGCGGCUGAAACCAUCCCGUCAGUCAUCACUUAUCAGAGCCGACACUCACGAAACAACUCGCACCGCGGAGAGCGCAAGGACAACAGCGGUGCGCACGCCCGCAUCGAGGCAGAGACGCAGACCAGCCACACCAGCGUCAAGGUUUCAGCGACAGAAGAAUGUGUGGGACCAAUGCGACUGACUCGGGAGCCCAUCCAGGUGCUUCUGGUGUUUGCUAAAGAGGACAAUCAGAGUGAUGCAUUCUGGUGGGCCUGUGACCGUGCCGGCUUCCGCUGUAACAUCUCCCGGACUCCAGAGUCCGCUGUGGAGUGUUUUCUCGACAAACACCACGAGAUUAUUGUCAUUGAUGGCCGUCAUUCACGUUACUUUGAGGCUGAAGCUGUCUGCCGGUUAAUUCGUGCCACAAAACCCUCAGAAAAAACUGUUAUACUGGCUGUCGUACCACAAAUGCCACCAGACCAGGACGAGCCAUCUGUUCUUCCACUUCUCUGCGCAGGAUUCAGCAGAAGGUUUGUGGAGAACAGCAGUGUGUCGGCUUGUUAUAAUGAACUACUACAGCUUGAGCAUGGAGAGGUGCGCUGCCAGUUCAAACUCAGGGCUUGUAACUCAAUCUUCACUGCUUUGGAACAAUGUCAAGAAGCUGUGGAGAUCACCAGCGAGGACCACAUCAUUCAGUAUGUGAACCCAGCAUUUGAACAUAUGAUGGGCUAUCAAAAAGGAGAAUUGAUUGGGAAGGAAUUGACUGAACUGCCAAAGAGUGACAAGAACAGGGCUGACCUCCUGGACACUAUCAACACGUGUAUCAAAAAAGGAAAGGAAUGGCAAGGCAUUUACCAUGCCCGGAAGAAAUCAGGAGACAGCAUACAGCAGCAUGUGAAAAUCACACCUGUCAUUGGCCAAGGAGGAAAGAUUAGACAUUUUGUCGCAAUUAAAAGACCUCACAAUGACAACAACAAUCAAAUUCACAAGUUCAACAGGGAGGACAGAUGCAGUGGAGAACUUUCCCAAUCAGAUUGCUAUUCUUUACGUCACAGAGACAGGAGGAAAGACUCCAUCAGUUCACGUGGAAGUGAUGCUCCCAGUUUACAAAACAGAAGAUAUUCCUCAGUUGCCAGGAUCCACUCCAUGACCAUCGAGGCUCCCAUAACAAAGGUGAUAAAUAUCAUAAACGCAGCCCAGGAGAGCAGCCCUGUGACAGUGGCUGAGGCUCUGGACCGUGUGCUGGAGAUCCUCAGGACAACAGAGCUGUACUCACCUCAGCUGGCCUCCAAAGAGGAUGAUCCCCACACCAACGACCUGGUGGGAGGCCUCAUGAAUGAUGGACUUAGAAAGCUUUCUGGGAAUGAAUAUGUCUUUUCCAAAAACAUCAGCCAGAGCCACUUGGCUAAUAUUCCAGUCACCCUGAGCGACAUCCCCCCACCCAUUGCUGAGAUGCUCAAUGAUGAAGAAUGCUGGGAGUUUAACAUUCUGGAGCUGGAAGCUGCCACACAUAAGAGGCCACUCACAUACCUCGGACUGAAGAUCUUUACCAGCUUUGGUGUAUGUGAUUUCUUGAACUGCUCAGAGGCCACACUCCGCUCAUGGUUACAGCUGAUGGAGACCAGCUACCAUUCAUCAAAUUCUUAUCACAACUCCACACACGCAGCAGAUGUGCUACAUGCCACUGCCUUUUUCCUUCGCACAGAAAGAGUCAAGAGUAGUCUGGACCAGCUGGAUGAGGUCGCAGCUCUUAUAGCAGCCACAGUGCACGACGUGGACCAUCCUGGCAGGACAAACUCUUUUUUGUGUAAUGCUAGCAGUGAACUGGCCAUUCUUUACAAUGAUACAGCAGUGUUAGAGAGCCAUCAUGCAGCGCUAGCUUUCCAACUCACUGCACGAGAUGGGAAGAGCAACAUCUUUAAAAACAUUGACAGAAAUCAGUUCCGGACGUUAAGACAAGCCAUCAUUGACAUGGUGCUGGCCACAGAGAUGACCAGACACUUUGAGCAUGUCAGCAAGUUUGUGAAUAGCAUCAAUAAGCCCAUGGCUGCUAUAGAGGAGACCAGCAUGAGUAGUGUAAACAGUGACUGUGAGGGCCAGACGAACUUCAGGAGUUCUCCAGAGAAUAGACUGCUGAUAAAGCGAAUGCUCAUCAAGUGUGCGGACGUGGCAAACCCCUGUCGACCACUGGAGCUCUGCAUCGAAUGGGCAGGGCGAAUCUCAGAGGAAUACUUUGCACAGACAGAUGAAGAGAAGAGACUGGGGCUGCCUGUCGUAAUGCCCGUCUUUGACAGAAACACCUGCAGUAUUCCCAAAUCUCAGAUCUCCUUCAUAGACUACUUCAUCACAGACAUGUUCGAUGCUUGGGACGCUUUUGCAAGUCUGCCUGGCCUAAUGGAGCACCUGUCAGACAACUACAAGUACUGGAAAACGCUAGAUGAGAUGAAAUGCAAGAGUCUACGUCCUCCUCCUUCUUCAUGACUAUGUUGAUUUGUUGUGGGAGGAGCCUGUCAAACAUGAAUCUCUUCAACUGUCACUGGAAAGAAGCUUGUGCCAUGGACACAAAAGGAGCCAGGUGCUGGGAGUUGGAGCGGAUUUUAUGAAUUCUAUCUCAAAAAUAUGGUUCAAAUCUAUGUUUUCCAACUGAAGACACAUUUCCUACUGAGGCCCAUUGGCGUGGAGUCUCUGUGACUCAUUUCUGUGUUGAGAAUUUCAAAGAGCAAUGACCUUGCACAUCACCGGACAAUCCAUACAGAACAACAAACCUGCACUUUAACCAACCAUGAAGCUUCUUCAGGCUGUUUAGUUUAUUAGUCACUGACAUUCAAAUAUGCUCAUUUUACUUAAAAGAGUUGGUGUAAAUACAAGAUGGUGACCAAAGCUAGGGACACCUUAAGCUAGCAUUUCCAAAUGACCAACUAAAUGAAGGUGCUCAUUUGUUUAUAAGCUGCAAUAGAGAAACUUGACAAUGGUUUAGUCAGUAUCUUAAAAGAGUAAACAAGAAAUUGCCUGAGAAUUAAGGACCAGAGAAGAUUAAUUUGUUAUAUAUCAUGUAGCCAACAGGGACACUGCACUGUAUCAGAGCUUUUAUUGCUACAAGGGUGAGAUUUUCACCAAAGACAGAACACCAACUGUAGACCAUAAAUAUCAUGUACAAUAGUGUAAUGUUUUCUGUGUCAGAGGAAUCAGGCUCAGUCCUGACGGAUGGGGCUCACUUGUUGCAUAAUGUGUUGGAAAGUAGAACAUUUGGGUUUUCCUGCCAAAUGUGAAUCAUUCCGCAACCCGUGUAUUGUCUUACAGUGUUUUAUUAUUUAGUCGUUUUUAGCCUUCAGGCUUCUUGCAGUCAUAGGUCAGGCUUGCCAUUGCCAAACAUUACUGCCCUCUGGUGGCUACUUAUGUGUGUUACACUGCAACAGGACAGAAGCUGAAACAGCUCACAGGAAAGUCAAGUCAUAAACAUAAUUCAUAACUGUUUGAUUAAAUAUAAGUUAAAAAUUAAGGAUAUAAGGAUGUUGAUGAAGCAAUGUUUCUAUUAUAAAAUAUUUGCAUAAACUGGGGCACUUAGGUGAAGGUUGGGAUGUUUAAAUGUGUUGAUGGUAAGAGGGGUAAGAGGCAGCAUUGGGGAUAAACAGUAUGAAGACAGUGACAGUGUUAUAGAUGCCUUAUUCUUGGUAUCAUUCUUUAAAAAAAAAAAAACAAAAAAAAAACAACAACUUUUGGUUUCAAUUUCUCUUUCACGCAAAAGCCAUAUAAAAUUAACAAAGAAACAGGACAUGUUUGAUGAAAGGUUAAUUUUCUUCUUUGUAGCAGUUGAUGUACUAUUGUCACACUGCAUCAGGUAGAAUCGGGUAUGGCUGGAUCGUGUGUACUGUAUUUUUGUAUUUUUAUUUAAGUUUCCUGAUUUCCAGAGAGUAUCUUUAGCUUAUUUAUGAAGCUGCAGUUUUUGAUGGUACAUUAAUCAACGCCUUAAUCUUGCCAUGUCUCAUUUUAGGCCUGCUAUCGCAGCAACACACUGUAAACUACCUAAUGUCCCUGCUGAUUGUCUACAUUAUCUACUCAUUUAUCAUUUUGCUUUGCACUAUACAUGAACUACUUUACGUUACUGUUGAGCAAGGCAGGGAGGAUUUCUGAAGAAAAUGAGAUCGCUUUUUUUUAAUAGUGACUUGAAAAACAGCUACAAUUCUGACUGUUUCCAGACAGGUAUUACUGAUGAUGAACAAAUAUUUUUGCUAGUUUAUAAUAGAUUUCUAUACAUAGACAAUUUACCUGUUUCUGAUUGAUAUGCCUUUUGUGAGAGCUGUAUGAGUGGAAUGUGAUGAUCCUGAUUAGGACAUGUGAGUGGAGCCUGUGGAAGGAUAUGCCUUCAACAUGUAGCAGCAGACAAUGUGCCAAUUAUGUGAUUCUGUUU